AUGCUGACCGCCGAGGACAAGAAGUUGAUCGCCCAGGCCUGGGAAAAGGUGAAAGCCCAUAAGGACGCUGGAGCUGAGUCCCUGGAGAGGAUGUUCAUGUCCUACCCCCAGACCAAGACCUACUUUCCCCACUUUGAUCUGCACGCCGGCUCUGAGCAAGUCCGCAACCAUGGCAAGAAGGUGCUGAACGCCCUGGACAGUGCCGUCAAGAACAUGGACAACCUCAGCCAAUGCCUGUCUGAGCUCAGCAACCUGCACGCCUACAACCUGCGUGUUGACCCUGUCAACUUCAAGCUGCUGUCCCAGUGUCUCCAAGUGGUGAUGGCUGUGCACCUGGGCAAAGACUACACCCCCGAGGUGCACGCUGCCUUCGACAAGUUCCUGUCAGCCGUGGCUGCUGUGCUGGCUGAGAAGUACAGAUAAGCCAUCACCCGUGCCCUGGUACAAUCAAUAAAGACACCUUUGC